AUGGCGAGAAGAAUCGAUCGAUCCCGUUCCCCUACAGCCAACUCGAUCGAUCCCAUGCAGAGCAAGCCAGCUCGAUCGAUCCCUGUUCUGUCUCAGCCGUUCGAUCAACCCCGGUGCAUGAACACUAGAUCUCGACGGAGCAACCGCAACGAAGAGCUUCUCAUCCUGUCCAACGCAGAACUUGCGAGAGUAGAACGAGCAAACAGACAACGAAGGCCGAAUCCAGCCGACAUGGGCGAUAACGGCAAUCCGAACAUGGCUGCUCAGUUGCAGCAGCUUCAGCAGCAGAUCGAGCAGAUGCGGAAGGCUCAACAAGAUAGAGAACGCAACCUCAGGCAAGACUUCGAGAUCAAGCCCGGCAUGAUCGCUCUAGUCAAGGAUCACAUCUUCCAUGGACUUCCUGCUGAGAUUCCUGCGGACCAUAUCCAGAACUUUGAGGAGAUAUGCAGCACGACUGGUUCGAAUGGAGUACCGGCUGACUUUCUGAAGUGCAAGCUAUUCCCAUUCUCACUUGCCAACAAAGCAUCUCGCUGGCUGAAGUCAUUACCACCUGGUCUUUGA